GAGGCUGCGGCGGUGGAGGAGCUGUUGGAGGCGGACAUCGGGGCGCUGUUCAUGCCACAUGGUCUGGGUCACUUCCUAGGACUGGACACCCACGACGUGGGCGGCUACUGCUCCUCACCCUCCCCCUCCUCCUCAACCACCUCCCCACCCACCUCCUCCACCACCUGCCCGCCCCGCCCCGCCCGCCCCGGCUUCAACCGCCUGCGUACCAACCGCACGCUGCAGGCGGGUAUGGUGAUCACGGUUGAGCCCGGGUGCUACUUCAAUCCGGCGCUUCUGCUGCCGGCUUUGGAGGAUAAGGUCAAGAGCCGAUACCUGGUUCGGGACGCCAUCCUCGCGCACAUGGACAUGGGAGGGGUACGACUGGAGGACAAUGUGGUGGUCACGGAGAGCGGCGCGGAGAGCCUCACACACGUGCCCAGGACACCGGAGGAGAUUGAAACAGUGAUGAAGGGCGGAGCCUGGCCGUGAGGCUCCGGAGGAAGCAGCCAUAAAGGGGAUUGUUGGACUCGGAAAUUAAAAUCUGGAAAGCUUGCGGGCUCUCUUGGGGCUUUUCAAUUAUCCCAAGUUGUUCGUCGGAACCACAGGUAAUACAUCCUGUCGGUACCUGUGGUUGCGACAUAAUGGAUUACCGCUACGCGGUACCGUAUACCGGGUCAGGCGAAUCGGCCACGAUGGCGACACAUGCUGGUUUUCGGUAGACGUACCCGAAGCCCUCAAGCUUAUGAAAGAAAUGAUGAGAUUACCCAGGAUUACCGGUAGUGCUGCUAUCGGCGGUACGAUACUGUCAGGAGGUUCGGCACGGCUGACUCUCCUUGGUUAUACUCUUAUACACAGUCUAGACAUGGAGAAAAGGAUACAUAACGGUACAGACAGAAGUCCAUGCUCGUCUUGCCUUUGUAACGAUGUCAAGGCA